AUGACUGAUCAAUUUUCACUGGACCAUCCUCUAUUUCCCACAGAUUGGGAGUUAGACGCAGGUGACAAUAGAGUAAAGUAUGCGACAGACCAAUGCAAACAAAAAUGCAUAUGUUCUAAAGAAGAACAGAUCCACAAACAAGAGUUGUGCCACUCAUUCCACUUACCCUGGAGGUUUGAAGAUUAUUAUGAAGUCUUUAUUGUUAAGAACCGAGUAUUAUGUGAAUUAUUUGAAGAAUUUGUAUAUUCUUCUGUUGCUUAUAACGAGGAAGAACAUUCAUAUGAUUUUACAGGGGAAAUGAGUUACAACGUGAAAGAAGUUAUCAUCGUAUGUGGUCCCUAUUUGAGUGAGGUGCCUUACUUUGUCAUGGUUGGUGACGUACGACGUACUCGGAGUGAUAAAAUAAUAGAGAAAUUUGGAGGUAUUGCUGCCAUCAAGAGCUUAAUCAAGAAGGAAAUUCUUGAUCGAAAAUCAAGAUGUGCCCCAUUUCUAUCAAAAAAGAUGUAUGAAAAACCAGAGUACUUUGUUGAACGCUUGGUACAUCCUAAACUCGAAUCAACACCACUGCUGUUUACAAAUUGCUCUGGCUACGAGACUGCAGCAUUACAACUUUAUUUGCAAUCUGUAUAUGGACACCUACAAGCGAAUGAUGCCAAUGCAAAUUGCCAAACUCUUCAGUAUGCUUUGGGAAAGACAUAUAUGACAGUUGAUUUUCAUUUGGGGAUCCGCCGCCAUAUCAAACCAGCCAAGAAAAAUGUGUAUGAGAUAGUUGCAAAAGCCUGCUAUUCUGGCAUAAUGGAUCAAGAAAUUCAAAGAUAUUUAAUUUCUAUUUUCAAAAAGAACUCGAUGGAUAUUGUAUGGGAAUCAGAACUAAUUCCUUGUGGAGAAAUAUUUCAUGAAAAUGUAUACAUAACUAUGGAGGAAGCAGAGGGAGAGAUUCAUUAUCCUGGGUUUGAAGAAGCAUAUAUAUAUGGCAAAAUUAAAGAUUGUGAUCUUACUGUGCUUGAAUAUCUUCCUAAAUAUCUAGAUACGUGGUCCAAACAACAGAGCGUGGCGACUAAUGCUAGCCUACGCAGAAGGAAAACCGCAAUAAAUUAG